GGCUGUGAGAACCGUGUAAGGCUGUAAGCACAGUUUUGUGUGCACCAAAACCGAUUUCGGUGAGUACAGCAGAAGUAGCAAGUAUUUAUAUUCACGAUAGUGUACGUUGUUGUUUGAAAAAUCCGCGCCUCCGCGGCAAAAUUCGAUGAUAAUGCAAAGAAGAGAAGAAGAAACUUAUAACCAGAACCACAUACAAUUUCUAUAUUAAUCUUCGUUCUCCCUCCCUCAGGCCGAACCCUAAUCCUCACAAUGCUGUCUCUGCAAUUCCUGCUUUCACCUAUUGACAACAGUCUUUGGCCUUACAAAUCAAAACCAUCUUCAUUGAUCCUCCACCAUCGAUCUCACAGAUGCAGAAAUGACUCGCGGCCCUUCCUUUCUAUGUUUCUUCCUAAAUAUCGUGCUCUCGGUGCUACAGCAGAUUUGAACUAUGAACAGGAAGAUUCCAAUGUAAGACUUACUGAAGCCGGAGUUCCUGCGGAAGAAGGGCUUUUGCCCUCUGGUCUCCGGCGAGAAUCGUUGCCGAGGCAUGUUGCUGUGGUAAUGGAUGGUAACGCGAGGUGGGCAAAGCGGAGGGGGUUGCCGUUGUCUUCGGGUCACGAAGCUGGCGUUCGGGCUCUAAGAGAGCUUAUGGAGCUAUGUCGCAAAUGGGGAAUCAGGGUUCUCACCGUUUUCGCGUUCUCAUAUGAAAAUUGGAUACGGCCCAAAGUGGAGGUUGACUUUUUGAUGGGUCUGUUUGAGAGGGGAAUAAAGGAAGACCUGAAGAAUUUCGUCAGGGAGGAAAUCCAGAUAUCUGUAAUUGGUGAUUCAUCAAAGUUACCAAAGUCCCUACAGAAGCUUAUAGCUGAAGCUGAGGAGAUCACAAGAAACAACACACGGCUCCAUCUGAUUGUUGCAGUUAGUUAUAGUGGGCACUAUGACAUUGUACAAGCAUGCAAAAACAUUGCUCACAAAGUGCAAGAAGGUCUGAUUACACCAGAUGACAUCACUGCAGAUGUGAUUGAGCAGGAACUAGAAACAAGAUGUACAGAAUUUCCCCAUCCAGAUCUACUUAUCCGUACUAGUGGUGAGCUUAGAGUGAGCAACUUCUUGUUGUGGCAGCUAGCUUACACAGAACUAUUCUUCGUUCAAUCACUAUGGCCUGAUUUUGGAGAAACGGAGUUUGUAGAUGUUCUACAUUCAUUUCAACAAAGGCAAAGACGCUAUGGGGGACGUGAUUGAUAAAUUCAUUUGACUUAAGGGAAAGACUAGGACUUUUGCUAGGCAUGGCAUGGUUGACGGUUCUCUAGCUUGGCAUUUCCUCUUUCAGCAGACUGUUGCUAUGUUCAAGUUACAAAUGACAUGAAUAAGAAACAAAUGCAAGUACAUAAAGGAUAAAUAUGUGUAUGGUUAAUCGUGAGGUAAUUUAUGUUACUUUAUAAAUAUAAUAUGAUGUAUCGGUGAAAUUCUUUCAAUUGUAUGUUUCUAUUAGAUGGGAGAGCUUUGGUGUAAGGUAGAAAUGAUAAUUUAGUGUUUUUUUAUUCUUUUCUUUUGUCUUCUUUUUAUGUUUGAAUCAGUUAUAAUAAAAAUGAUAUACAUAUUGGCCUUUUACUUGAUAUGUUGGUUCUUUUAAGACAAUAUGAGAAGAAGUUAUGUAAGCACCAUUUCUUUUAUCUUACUUACAAUAACAAUCCUCCAAAGUGGUAUAAGGUUUCAUGUAAAAUAGG